AUGUAUCAUGUGCUGACCUAUCGCAUCUCGAGUGCACUUGUUGCACUUUGUAUAUUCUUUUCGUAUGCUCAUGCAGCCGAGUUCACAUUCGAACUUGAAGAUAAGAAAUCCUUCUGCGUAUACGAAGCAGUCGAGGACUCGUUGAAUCCACUUGUACUAGAGUUCCAAGUGAUCUAUGGUGGUAGUCUAGGUAAAGAAGAUGUGAAUGUGGCCAUUACAGCACCGUCCGGUGCUGUAGUCUAUGACAAAAAGAAAGCUUCAGACGGCACACACAUGAUCGAUCAUCCCGAAACUGGUGAAUACGAGGUGUGUUUCGAUAACAAUUUCUCGCGGGUGUCUCACAAGAUCGUGUAUUUUGAUCUAUACAUCGAUGACAAUCAUGACACCAUAGUCAAAUCGGAUGAGCUGCACGUGACGGUCUUGAAUAGGAUGUCAAUGAUGUUCCUAAACAUACGCGAUAGCUUCAAUAUAAUCAUCGACGCUCAGACCCACCACCGAGUGAAUGAAAUGCACGGCCGGAGUCUCGGAGAAGAAGUACACUACCGUGUUGGCCUGUGGAGUCUCUUGGUGUCGGUGUGUAUGAUCACAGUGACCUACAUGCAGGUCUGGGCCGUGAAAGGCCUAUUUGAUAAACCAAGGUCGCAGCAGGAUUAUGAAGCCUUUCACUUAGUGGGCCGUAAUGCUGUAGGAAAUGGUGCUUGA